AUGAACUCCCUCCUAGUCGGUCUUGCCUUUGUGGCUUCGGUCCUGGCCGAGGGCCGUACGUCGGCCCCGGACGGCUGUCUGAACGUAGCCCAGAGCGGUGGUGACUAUAGCACCAUCCAGUCAGCUGUCGAUUCGCUCUCGACGACGUCCUCGGAUGCUCAAUGCGUAUUCGUCAACCCCGGUACCUACAGCGAACAGGUUCUUGUGAGCGCACGCAGUGCUCAGCUGACCUUCUACGGCUACACCGACGACACGACGAGCUAUGCCGACAACCAAGCCACCAUAUCCUAUAACCUCAGCCAGGCUGACGGCCUCUCCAACGACCUGACCGGCACCCUCCGUAUCAAGGCGACCAACUUCAAGAUGUACAAUAUCAACGUGAAUAACGGGUAUGGGGAAGGGAGUCAGGCUAUAGCUCUGAGCGCCUACGCCGACAGCGGCUACUACGGGUGCGCCUUCACCGGAUUCCAGGACACGCUCCUGAGCAAUGUCGGUAACCAAUACUACGCGGGCUGUAUGAUUCAGGGUGCAACCGAUUACAUUUUUGGCCAAGAGGCUGCCGCUUGGUUCGAACAGUGUGACCUGCGCGUGCUCGCAAGAUCUUUGGGAUACAUCACAGCCAACGGUGAAGAUACGGCAGACGGUACAUCUAUCUACGUUCUCAACAACUGCGACAUUGCUGCUGCCGACGGCAACACGGUACCUGAGGGCGCGUACUACCUGGGCCGACCCUGGGGUGAUCAUGCCAAGGUUGUCUUUCAAAACACCGCCAUGUCUGCGGUCAUCAACGAGGACGGGUGGCACAUAUGGAACACCGGCGACGAGAGGACGGAUAACGUCUUGUUUGGCGAGUACAACAACUCGGGCGUUGGCGCAGCUGGCCCUAGGGUCGACUUUGCCACCAUUCUAGACUCGGCCUAUGCUAUCGCUGAUGUCCUCGGCGACGGCUAUGCGAGCGCCGGUUAUUAUGACGCUAGUUAUUUGUGA